GCGCUGUAGUCGGUAGCUAGGAGUUUGUUUUUACAGCUGGAUGAGUUGAAUACCUCCGCUUUUCCAGCCUUUUCACUGGAUUUUUAGCCUCUCCAGAGAUGCCGAAGCGUGGACGACCGAGGAAAAAGAACGUCUGUGUGAUUGUGUCAGACGAGGAGCCGAUAAUGUCGCAAGAUUCGGAGGUGCAGAGCAAUGAAGAUGAGAAGGAAGAGGUUAACCAGGAAAACACUCCAGCUCCGGUUCCCAAGAUUGACAUGGAAGCGGACAUAUCUCAGUUGGAGGCACCGACUUUUACGACUAUUCAGCGAGGGCCUCCGGAACCGAUGUUGCGAUUAAAGUGGAACCAUCGAGUGAAUCUCAUAGGCGAAAAGGUGUUGAAUCCAAUGAUUCACUGCUGUGACAAGUGCUUGAAGCCGAUUUUGAUCUAUGGAAGGAUGAUUCCCUGUAAACACGUCUUCUGUCUGGCUUGCGCACCCACGGAACCUCUGAAGGAGUGUUUCCGAUGUAAGGAGAAGGUCUGCAGGGUGGAACAAUCUGGUCUGGGCUCGGUGUUUAUGUGCACGCACGGGGGAUCACGGUAUGGCAGCAAAGGUUGUCGACGGACUUACCUCUCGCAGAGAGAUCUUCAGGCGCACAUCAAUCAUCGUCAUAUGCCACAUUUGGUGGCCAAUCAGGAGAAUUCCAGCUCUGAUGUGACCAUGACUGAGCCACUGAAACCCACGCCGACAACAAAUCCACGGAAACUCUCCGGAAGCGAGAAUUCUGCACCACUCAGAGCCAACGUGAGGACUUCCCAGCAAUACUCGGUCAAUAUUCCAGUGGUGCAGAGUCAACAAACCACUAGGACAAAUCUUAUCACGGUGCCUCUUCAGGAUUCUCAACAAUCGGUGAUCUCGUCGAUUGUGAGCAUCGGAGGGCAGCAGGCGACUCAGCAUGGAGACAUUGGAGUGUCCUCUAAUCCGUACUUUGCCAUGAGCACCGCUCAGAGCCUAUAUUCGCAGGGCAGUCAAAACUUCUCCAGCAUCACCUCACUUGUGCACAGCGCGGCUGCUAAUCAAGUGACCAUGGCCAGCCAGCAGGCUAGAAACAUGAGCAAUCUGCCACCGAGUACAAUGGCUAAUCAGAACCCUGCCACCACUGCAUCCCAAUUCUUCAAUCAAUACUCCGGACAGAACCAAUAUUAUCAGAACUCCUCUGGAUACGAUCAGCAAAUGUACAAUGCCAAUGUGCAGCAGAAUCAGCAUUGGAACCAGCAAAAUCAACAAUACUAUAGAUAGAUACAUAAGAGCCAAGUAUGUUGACCUUUUUUUCUUUUCAUUUUCCCUCUUCGAACCCUUCGAACACUUUCUUGUGAAUAAAGUGUGUGCAAAGUGGAAUAAACUU